GCCUCUCAGCAUCAGCACCAGCAGAGACAUCCCCCUCCUCUCCUCUCCUCUCUCCUCUCUGCUCUCCUCUGCUCCUCUCCGUCCACUGCGGAACAUCGGCCUGUUUUCCUCCCAUCCCUCCGCCAGCGGCAGACCCAGCUCGCCAUGGACAACUCCGGCAAAGAGAAGGAGGCCAUGCAGCUGAUGGCUGAAGCCGACAAAAAGGUCAAAGCGUCCGGAUCCUUCCUGGGAGGGAUGUUCGGGGGGAACCAUAAGGUGGAAGAUGCCUGUGAAAUGUACGCCAGAGCAGCCAACAUGUUUAAGAUGGCAAAGAACUGGAGUGCUGCGGGGAAUGCUUUCUGUCAGGCCGCCCGGCUCCACAUGCAGCUUCAGAACAAACUGGACUCUGCCACCAGUUUCGUCGAUGCCGGCAACGCCUACAAGAAGGCCGACCCACAGGAGGCCAUCAACUGUCUAAAUCAGGCCAUUGACAUCUACACUGACAUGGGUCGUUUCACCAUCGCAGCCAAACAUCACAUCACUAUAGCAGAGAUUUAUGAAGCUGAGCUGGUCGAUAUUGAGAAGGCCAUUGCCCACUACGAGCAGGCAGCAGAUUACUACAAGGGAGAAGAAUCUAACAGCUCGGCCAACAAAUGUCUCCUGAAGGUCGGACACUACAGCGCUCAGCUGGAGCAGUACCAGAAAGCUAUCGAGAUAUAUGAACAGGUUGCUAUGAACACCAUGGACAACCCUUUGUUGAAGUACAAUGCUAAAGAGUAUUUCUUCAAGGCCUCACUGUGUCACUUCAUAGUGGACGAACUGAACGCCAAGUUGGCCAUUGAGAAGUAUGAGGAGAUGUUUCCAGCCUUCUCAGACUCAAGAGAGCUCAAACUGUUAAAGAAACUCCUAGAAGCCCACGAGGAGCAGAACAGCGAGGCGUUCACGGAGGCGGUCAAGGAGUUCGACUCAGUGUCCCGUCUGGACCAGUGGUUGACCACGAUGCUGCUCCGCAUCAAAAAGACCAUCCAGGGAGACGCUGGGGACCUGAAAUAGACACAUUUGGAUAGAGGGGAGAAAGGGAGGGAGACAGGGGGAUAGUGGGAAAAGAGGGUGGUAAAGAGAGAUGAAAGAUCAGGGUACAGGGGGGGUUUAAUUAAAUCGAAGGAAAGGAGAAUGAUGGGGAGGGAAACGUGUUUUAGUGGGAAAGGAGAUAGACAAAGA